AUGUUCCAUACACCGAACCUGACUGGCAUUCGUAAGAAGGUCAUACCCCCGCGCAUCAAUGAGGGCUGGGGUUUGCAGCAUAUGAAGCUCUAUGGCGUAGACGAUGAACUAGUUAUGUCAGGGGCCAAUCUUUCCAACGACUACUUCACAAACCGUCAAGAUAGAUACCACGGGUUUUCGUCUAAAGAGAUCACUGACUAUUUCAAACGCAUCCACGACGCUGUCAGCAGCAUCAGCUACCGGAUCCAGCCCAACCCAGAUGAAGCCUCUGGAUACACGAUGGAGUGGCCCUCGACAAAUCCAGGACCCCCGCCUCUCACAGACCCUAAGGGCUUCAUCAAACAGGCAGCAACUAUACUCGACCCGCUGAUACGUCCAAGCACCCAAGUCAUUCCGGCACCCACAACCUCAAAGACGCUCGUCUACCCCCUUUUCCAGUUCACGCCCCUGCUCAAACCCGACACUUCGACCGAGCUACCCGCCCUCCGCACCGUCCUCACCGCGCUGACCAAACCGGCCCUCGCCCGCUCCAGCUGGACUUUCACAGCCGGCUACUUCAACAUGACCCCCGAGGUCCGCAGCCUCCUACUCGCCACCAAUCCAGCGCGCGGCACCGUCAUCGCCGCCUCGCCGUGGGCAAACGGCUUCUAUGGCAGCAAAGGCGUGUCCGGCAUGCUUCCAGCCGCAUACACGCUGCUAUCGCGACGCUUCCUGGAUGCCGUGUCGCGCGUUGGGCUGAGCCAGCAGAUCACGCUGAAAGAGUGGCGGCGCGGCACCGUCAAUGAGCCUGGUGGCUGGACGUAUCAUGCGAAGGGCCUAUGGGUCACGCUGCCGGGCGAGGAGGCGCCGAGUAUCACUCUGGUGGGGAGCUCGAAUUAUACGAAGAGGAGCUAUUCGUUGGAUUUGGAGGCGAAUGCGUUGAUUGUUACGAGGGAUCAGGAGUUGAUGCGGAGGCUGGGGGAUGAGGAGAAGUGGUUGCAGGAGUACGCGACGGUGAUGGAGAGGGAUGAUUAUGCGAAGGUGGAUAGAAGGGUGGGGCUGCAUGUGAGGAUUGCGAUGUGGCUUGUUACGAUACUUGGAGGCGCGCUGUAA